AUGCCUCAAGCUAAAGAGUCACCCGGCUGGACAGCCAAGAGGGUGUAUCUCCUCGCAUACAACGCAACCUGCGCUCUCCUCUGGCUCCGCAUUCUGCUGUCGAUUAUCAGCAUCCUCCUAUCCCAAACCGACACCGCCAAUCCCAAUUCCUCCAUUCCGGUCUCAAUCUAUACCACCGUUGAGCCAUGGGCUCGAUGGACUCAGACUCUCGCUGUUGCGGAGAUUCUUCACGCUGCUACAGGACUCACCCGCAGCCCCGUCCUCACAACCUUCACGCAAGUCUUCGCCCGCUCCGUCCAAGUCUGGGCCAUCAACUACGGGUACCCAGACGUCAUGGCGAGCUCGCUCCCCGUGUACACGGCCAUGCUCGUCGCCUGGUCCACGGCUGAUGUCAUCCGCUAUCUGUACUUCGUGAUCAUGUCUGCCGGACUUCGUAUCCCGGGGUGGUUGAAGUGGCUUAGGUACUCGCUCUUCGUCAUCUUGUAUCCCGUUGGGAUCGGCGGCGAGUGGUGGUUGAUGUUUGGGGCUGCGCGUGCUGCGAGCACGGGGUGGCUGCUUGAGUGCGUUUGGUAUUUCUGUCUUGCGCUUUAUGGGCCUGGUUUGUUAUCCCUCUGUUUUAGUGUAUCUGGGGGGUCUGUGAUGAUGUAUGGGUAUAUGCUUAAGCAGCGGCGUAAGACUCUGGCUAGAGCUUGA